GCCAGGGAGGGAGAGAGAGAGAGGGGAUGGAAGGGGGAAUGGAAUGGUGGUGAAAUUGAAAGUUGGGGGAUUUUAUAAUGAUAGGCAGUACUGAAAAAUGGGCGAAGAGGACAAGCUGCACUUGCUCCACUUUAUCAAUCAAAAAGCCAAGCCGCCCCCACUCCCCAACAUUCCUUAGCAGAUGAAAGGUCACUGUCCCUCUCUUCCCUGUUCUCUCAACCACCACAACUAUGUAGACCCCUUCACAUGGCAUUGAAAUCAGGGCAAACAAACCCCCCCUCCCCCCAAACAAAAAAAAGGCAGACAGAAUGGAGCCAGGCAUCCCCUAUUUUCCCCUGUUUUAUAUCACUUUCCGGGAAGAGAAAGAACCAGAAACAGAAAGGAGAAGGAGAAGGAGAAGAAGAAGAAGAAGAAGGAGGAGCUGUCUCGUGGAUCUUCGGAGCGUGCACCAAAUACCCACAAUCUUCUUGUGAUGUAUGUACAUGGGUUCUUUGAGUAGUUGCUUCUCAUGGCCUAUACAUAAGAGUGAAAUAUACAACAGAUCUUAAUUUGUCUAUCUUCUCUGUUCUUCUCUCUUUGAAAAUGGUUGAUUUUUAUGCUCUGUGGAUGAUGAUGCCUUGUGGGUUGGUUUCUUGAUUUGGGUUUCGGAUAUCCAUCCAUCGAUCAAACAAAGCGCCUCAUGCGAUCUGAUCAGUGUCUGAAGUACACUUGUCCGAUGUUUGAGAUCUAAACAUUCUGCAGCUUUGGUUAACUUUACGAUGCCAAAUUCUGUUUCAAAGCAGAGCAUUAACAUAGAUUUGCUGAAUAAUAGAAUAUUACUUCUCAUAUUCAUUGUGUAUGGUCGAAGCUGGAGCCGACGACGUUUACCUCUGUUUCAUUGGCUUGUGGGAAGCAAGAAGUGGAGUGGCAAAUGGGGCCUUGUUUUAUUUACUUCGGCCAACUGUUCUUUCCAUCUGAAAUCACUCUGCCAACCCAACUCCGAGUUCCUGCAGUUGACGGAAGAUAGGAAACAAUAAAGAACAGUAAAUAUUAACAAUAAAGAACAAUAAACAAUUUCAUUCUAUGGGUGUUUACAUUUUAAAAUUUAAAAAUACCAUUAAAGUUAUUUUUUAAAUAAAAAAAUUAAUAUUUGUUUUUAUAAUUAUCUUUUUUUUUCUUUUUUCUUUUCCUGGUUUGCUUAGACUCCACAAGUCCACAUGCAUGUAGACUUUCACUCGGCUUAGAACUCUCAGUCAAAGAAGCGUUCUUUCUCCCCACAGCCCAUUUUACUCCGACGACUUCUUCGGUCAAUUAGUUUGCCAUCCAUCAUUCAAAAACUUUAUCUCCCCGGUCGAAUGACCCGCACUUUAUCUUCGUCAUCGUCAAUCUCCGAUGGGAACGGAAGCAUCGGAGCGGCCGAGACGAGCCUGCUUCUCAUUCGCAGCGUACGCCAAGAACGUCAUCGACCACCUCAAGGCCUGCCACAUUCCCGUCGAGAAAGGCCUCACCGAUGGCGAUUUCGAGGCCGUGGAAUCCACCUUAGGCUUCACAUUCCCGCCGGACCUCCGCUCCAUCCUCCAGGAAGGCCUCCCCGUCGGCCGGAGCUUCCCCAAUUGGCGAUCCUCCUCGUGGCAGCAGCUCGGAAUCCUCGUGAAUCUCCCAAUCUUGGGCUUAUCCAAGGAGGUAUCGAGAAACAACUUCUGGGUCGGGUCUUGGGGCGAGAAACCGCGAGAAGUGGAAGAAGCAAUGAAGCUGGCAAAUGGGUUCUUGAAGAAGGCUCCAGUUCUUGUUCCUAUAUAUGGCCAUUUUUACAUUCCCUUGGUUCCGAGCUUGGCCGGGAAUCCCGUGUUCUAUGUCACCGGAGGCGACGUUCGGGUGUGGAGCUUCGACGUGGCGGGGUUCUUCCAAGAAGUUGAUUUUGGGAGGGUAUUGAAGGCGCCGGCAUGGGCGGCCACGGAGGCACGGAGGGUGGCGUUCUGGACGGAGGUGGCGGAGGAGCGCGGCCGCCAGCGGAGGUGGGGGGAUUUGGGAGGGUGUUUGGAGGAGGCGCGGUGGACGCUGAGGGAGGGAGGGUGGAGAGAGGAGGAGGUGAGGGAGAUGACGAUGAUGGACGGUGGAGAUGGCGAGAAAGGUCCACACGUGCGGUGGAACAGGGAAGGGGUGGUGCGGCACCUGCAGGUGGUGUCAGAGAAGCUGCUGCGUGCGGGUUGGAGCACGGAAGACGUGGUGGACUCGCUUGGGCUCGGCCGUCGCCGUCAGCAGGUUCAAGGCGUGGAGCCUUGGUUGGACUUUCAACCCAGCAAGGAUUCUCUUCGUCUAGAGACUCUAUAAGUACAUAUUAUGUAAUCAGAUAGAUGCGAAACAAUAGCCGUAGGACAAGGAUCAGGCGGUUGAUGGAAUCCUUUAUUUUUGGAGACGUAUAUGUAACUAACUGAACUAGCUAGGCUCAUUCCCUUUUGUUACAUUAAUAAAGAAAUAUUUUUUGUUUAUUUUUAAUAAACAAGUGAGACCGAAUCGUU